AUGGAUUUUCACACUUUACUCUACCAGGCGCAAAAAAACAACACAAGAGACAAAGAUGUUAAAUAUUUCAAAGCAUCAUUGGAUCCACCAAAAAAAGAAACAAAAGAAAGUAGACAAUUGUCUGACAGUAUUAAGAAGUUUUUAGCAAAAAAAGAUGAAGAAGAUAGACUCAAACAAAUAGAAGAACAGAAGAAAAAAGAUGAAUUGAUAUCGUUGCGUAGUCAAGAUAGGAAAUCUUUCAAAAGGGUCCAGUCUAUGUUAAACCGAACUAAAUCAGCAAAUAAAUCAGUUAUUGAGGAUGCCAAAGAUGAUGUCAAUACAUCUGUUACCAUGGCUGGAUUUAAUCAACCUGAUGAGGAUGACUAUGGAUAUGUUUCUAAAGAUGCCAUGGCCAUAUAUAAUAAUAUUAUGAACAAAUAUGUAAAUACUCCAGCAGAUUCAAGAAAUGUAAAAACUCCCAAUCACAGAAGUCAUGACAUUUCUGGUACUAAAGAUCGUGUUAGAGCAGCCUUACUAAAAGAAGAAGAAGAUCAAUUAUUGCCACAUAAGCGAAAAAGAAAACCUAAAGAUAUAGACAAUGCUGAAGAUUAUCAGGAAAGUGUCGAGCCAGAGCAAAAAAAAUCCAGACCUGAUACAGAGAAAAUUAAAAAACGGCCGGCACAACCUCCGCCAUUGAAUUUCCAUGAACUACUUAAGAUUGCUGAAAAAAAACAAUAUGAACCUAUAAUUAUUGAAAAACCUAAGAAAGAAGAACCUUUACCUAUGAUGACCAAGAAAGAAAGACAUAAAUAUUUAGAAGACAAGAGAAUUGAAGAAAUACGCCUAGCUCGGCGACAAGGCAAGGGCUUACCUAUUACUGAAAAACCCAAAGAAAUUAAGCCAGUUGAAAGAAUUCAAAAAGCAUGUGCAUCUUCUUCAAAAGUAGAUAUACACGCAGAAGAAAAACUGAAAAAGAAUGCUUCUGUAUGGUCUAAAGAUUUAAAAAUUAGUAAAGAGCUGAAUAAUAAUAGUAAAAAUGAUAAAUAUAUACCAAGGCCAUUGAAUAGUUCAGAAAGUAUACGAAUGAACUCGAAUGGGAAUAGAACCACCUCUAAAAGUUCAUUAGAACAACAUUUGUUGAAUGAAAAGAUUUAUAGUUCUAAUGAUGAACGGUAUUCACCGAAACCAAAAUCAGUCAAAGAUCAAUAUAUACCCAAACCUAAAAAUUCUAUUGAAAAUAAUUAUUCACCAAAACCUAGAGGUAUGCCAAAUAAUGAUAGAUAUGUAUCUCAAUCUAGAAGUUCAUCAUCUGACAAAUAUUCACCAAAACCCAAGAGUUCAAUGCCAUCUGAUAAAAAAUUUUCAAAACCAAUCCCCACCGAAAGAUAUGUGCCUAAAUCAAGAAGUUCACCAUCUGAAAAGUAUUCUUCAAAACCCAAGGGUUUAGUGCCUUCAAAUAAAUAUGUUUCAAAACCUACACCCACUGAAAGAUAUGUGCCUAAAUCGAGAUGUUCACCAUCUGACAAAUAUUCUCCAAAACCAACACCCACUGAAAGAUAUGUACCUAAAUCGAGAAGUCCACCAUCUGACAAAUAUUCUCCAAAACCAAUACCCACUGAAAGAUAUGUGCCUAGACCAAAAUUCUCAGCCGAUGAGAAAUAUUCACCGAAAAUUAAAACUUCUGCACAACCAGAAAGAUAUGUGCCCAAGGGAAAAGGCUCAUCUUCCUCAGAACAAUAUACACCUAGUGCAGUCAAUCAUUCAAAUGAAAAAUAUAGACCUAGACCAACGUCAUCUCAAAGCAUGGAAUCAAAACCUACCAGUUCAAACAAUAAAUAUGUCCCAAUGCCAGUUGAUAAAUCUAAAAAGUUACCAAUCAGCAAUAAUAUUAAACCUAGACAACUACCGCCUAAGGAAAUGGCAUCCAAACAAUUUCCUCCCAGAGACAUGAUACCUAAGCAGUUCCCACCUAGAGACAUGGUGCCUAAGCAGUUCCCACCUAGAGACAUGGUGCCUAAGCAGUUCCCACCCAGAGAUAUGAUCCCUAAACAAUUUCCACCUCCUGAUAUGAGAAGGCGAGAUGAUCGGCAUAUGCCAAUUCGCAACAAACGUCAAGUCAUUGAAUCAGAUUCAGAGUAUGAUUCUGAAUUAGAUGACUUUAUUGAUGAUGGGCCUGAAGAUGAAGCUGAUUAUUCCAAAGUUAUUUCAGAAAUUUUCAGAUAUGACAAAUCAAAAUAUAGAGGAAUGGAUGAAGAUGAUGAAUGUAUGGAAUCUGAUUAUCGUACUCUUCAAAAAGAAGAGUAUAAAAGUACUAGAGCUGGAAUUUUGGAAGAUUUAGCAGAUAUCCGGAGAGAGAAACAAAUGAUGAAGAAACGAAAAAAACUUUAA